GAUUUCAAGAAUCCCCGCCCGGCACUUCCUCUCUCUCUGUCUCUCUCUAUCAUCCCCUUCUUUAUCUCUCUCUGCAAUUUCUCAUUUAAUUUGACCCAAAAAGUAGGCGUCUUUCGCCUCAUUCUCACAGCUCUCCCUGUUGCAUACGUUACAAGCGACUGAAUUGUGUUUUCUACCAAACAAUUCGUCAUCACUCGUCGCUCUUCCUUGUCCGCUUUCACCAAAUUGAUUGCUUUGCUCCUUAACCCCUUCCUGCAUCCCACUCAAUUCUCGUCGUCUUCCACCAAACUCCCGCUGUGCUCUCUUCAAUAUUUUCAUGUACAUAGUCAGUGCUGCAUUAAGCGCCACAGGAGCUGAACAGCGUUUCAGUAAUGGAAGCUGAAACCAGUAACGCGAAAGGGGGAGCUAAAAUGGCGUUUCAAAUAGAUCUAAACGAGAUGCCAAUCUCGUCACCCCGGGAAGUAGCCGACGACGCCGUAUUGCGAAGCGCUGGUGCUUCUUCCGUCUGUGUGGUGUGCCGGAAAGGGGUUCCGGUCGGGAUAGUUCCCGACAAAGUGACGGGAGAGCUGCGCCACGAGAGAAAGUGCUUCCGGUGCUUGCUCAGGAACGAUAACGCCGGUGGAGGCGACGCGGGGCGGUUCGACAUCAAUGCAUCGCCUCCACGCGAGGCGGAGGACGGCGAUGUCAUCACGGUUGUGGCUGGCCGGGAUGGGACCGGCGGGGGGAGAGUACAGGCUUAUGUCCACUCUUCUUUCUAUAGCCAUCAUGUGAAUACAAGCAAAUUAAAUCCUAUGCUGGAUGGUAUUGGGCAUGAUCUCCCAAAGACGUCAUCCAUUGCAGUAGAUUCUCCAUAUUCUAGAUUCCGCGGUGCAUUGCUGCAAAAAGUGCAUUCUGAUGGAAUCUUAGGUACAAUUCACAAAGAAUCUACAUUUGCUGCACGGCUCCGAGCUAGUCAUACUCCACCGGAGUUUCCUCCUGCAAGUCCAAAUGUGUUGUAUCUACAAACCCUUAGAGAAUAUAUUGCCGAAAGAUCGGGUACUUUGGGAGAAGGUUGGCGUGUUGAAUUUGAAUUUUGUGACAAAGAAUAUAAAACCUCUGCUGUUUAUAUCGCACCUGAUGGCAGUAGGUUCAGAUCUAUGGAAGAUGUUGCUUUCCACUUCGGGCUGUCUUCACGCUAUCACUAUUCGGAGAAUGAUAAUGUAAGUACAGAGUCUGCCUCCAUUCGGAGUGGGAUGAAGAAGGAAUCACCAGUGAUUAUGACUGCGCAAAACUGCAGACAAAGGCAGAAGAUGUCAAGGGCCAGCAAGAACCAGGGUUUUUUGUUCAGCUUAGGGGUCAAAAGUUGUCCUGAAAUUAUUUAUAACAAGAGUAUAAGAGAAUUUGGCUCUUCAGAACAUGGUGAUCUCCAUGAUAGUAUCCAUGAGGGUUUCCCAGUUCAGUAUCAUGACUUCUGUCUUAUAUCAGCUGGCAAUAUUGAUCCACGACCAUCAUACCACAAUGCUAAUCAAAUCUGGCCUGUGGGAUACAGAUGUAGCUGGCACGAUAGGGUUACCGGGUCUCUUUUUCUAUGUGAUGUUUCAGAUGGUGGUGAUAGUGGCCCAAUUUUCAAAGUUAAAAGAUACCCAUGCACCAUGCAGUCAAUACCAGUUGGCUCAACCAUCCUUGUAAAGAAGAAAGCAGCUGUCUGCAAAAGUGAUGGCAUUGAGGGUUUAGAUGAUUUAGCUACAUUCCAGGUGGUUGAUGAUGAUAGUAUAUCCACAAUCACACUGCUAAAUGAAGAAACCCCCCCAUGUCUAGACAACUGUCUCUCUACUCUAAAGAGAGAAGAGGAGGUUCAAAAUCCCCAGGAAGAUAAUUCUUCAAAUUCAAAUCUAGAAGUCCCACCUCAGAGAACCGGAAAUCUAGUAAAUGAUGCUGCAGGACUGAAUGAUAUGAUAGGGGAAUUUCAAGUUGAGGGCAGGUCAAUAUCAUCUGUGUGGGAAAAGGUUUCUCAAGCUUUCUUGUAUGCUUGCCGUGAGAUGUACAAACAAAAGGGUGCAAUCAAGUUUUUCUGCAGUCAUGAUGUGUUUGGAAUGAAUAAUGAUAAUCUUGAUGGUGCUGAUUCUUUAUCAAAAUAUUGUUAUUUUGAAGGACUUGCUAGCAUCCCUCCAUUGGUUCAGAAUGAGAAUGAGCUUAACAAGGCCUGUGAAGUGCUUUCAGCAUGGUUGAAGCAGGACAGGUUUGGUCUGAAUGAAGAUUUUGUUCGAGAGAUUCUAGAACAGAUUCCACUAGUCACUGCUUGUUCAGAAUAUGAAAAACUGAAAGACCGGAACAAGAAUUCAGGCCUACAAACAGUUGGAAGUGGGUUUCUGCAGGUUGAACAGAAGACCAACAAUACCUCUGAAACUUCUAAGAGAUCUCUGCUAAAAUUGGGUGAGGCAGAAGAUACUUUAAAAAGGGAUCCCUGCCCUCCAGGCAAGCAACUUAACAGAAGGCUACCGUCAUACUUGAUGGGAGAUGCUCUACAGGUUUGGGAGCUAGCUUGGCGUUUCUUAGAAGUGCUAGAGCUUGGGCAGCCUUUCACUUUUCAAGAACUUGAAUCCGAGCUUGUAAACCCUUGGUUAGAUAGCUACCCUUUGGAUUUAAGACAUGAAACUGUUGAGACAGGGGAUGGUGCUUCCUCCAGUUGUGAGAAGGUUUCUCAAGCUGGAUCAGCCUCUAUUGGCAGAUGUACUGGUCUUCUUUUGGCCAAGAUUCUUGGCUCGCUGCUGAAACUGCUUGUUACUGAGCUGUUGUCAAAAGCAGCAGUAUACGUGCGCCCUAACCUUGAUGCUGGCGAAUCUAAAUCUAAGAGAGGCAGGAAAAAGGAUUUGGACUGGCUGGCCGAGUUAAAGAAAACCAAACUUGAUAUGCUUCCUGUUAAUGAGCUUACAUGGCAUGAAAUUGCUCGUCGGUACAUUUUAGCUGUGCUGUCCAUGGACGGUAAUCUUGAUUCUGCAGAGGUUGCUAGCCGUGAAAGUGGGAAAGUUUUCCAUUGCUUACAAGGUGAUGGUGGGGUUCUUUGUGGAUCUCUAACUGGCAUAGCUGCGCUGGAGGGAGAUGCAAUGGUUCUUGCAGAUGCUAUGAAGGAAAUAUAUGGGUCAUUAAAGACUAAAAAUGACAUAGUAAGUUUAUGCCAGGGAGAGUCUGAUGCCAAUGGUGCUCAAACAAUUGAGGUGAAUGACGGUGUUAUCCCUGAGUGGGCUCAAGUGCUUGAACCUGUGAGAAAAUUACCCACGAAUGUUGGAGCCCGAAUCCGAAAUUGUAUCCACGAAGCUUUGACCAGAAAUCCUCCAGAAUGGGCUAAACGGGAACUGGAACAUGCCAUUAGUAAGGAAGUAUACAAAGGAAAUGCAUCAGGACCAACCAAGAGAGCUGUUAUUUCAGUCCUUGCAAGAGUUACUAGUGAAAAUCCACAGCAGAAGGCUGAGAAAAAAGAAAAGGUAAAGAUUAAGACCAACAUGUCUGAUCUCAUCACUAAACAAUGUCGUAUAGUGCUACGACGUGCUGCUGUUUCAGAUGAAGAUAAAGUCUUCUGCAAUCUAUUGGGAAGAAUAAUUUUGAACCCCAAUGAUACUGAUGAUGAAGGGCUUCUUGGCUAUCCUGCAAUGGUGUCUCGUCCUUUAGACUUUAGAACUAUUGAUCUCAGAUUGGCUGCUGGUGCUUAUGGUGGAUCUCAUGAAGCGUUUGUUGAUGAUGUUCGGGAGGUGUGGCGCAACAUACAUACUGCAUAUGGUGAUCGAUCUGAAUUGAUUGAUGUGGCUCAGAACUUGUCCAAAAAGUUUGAAGAUUUGUAUGAGAAAGAGGUUCUGACCCUUCUCCAAAAAAUGGCCGAUAUUUCCAAUGUUAAAGAUUCAAGUCCUGAUGCUCUGAAAGAUAGAGAUGAUUUGCUUGUUCAGGUGUGUAAUAGUGCACUCCCUAGAGCUCCUUGGGAUGAAGGAAUAUGUAAAGUCUGUGGAAUGGACAAAGAUGAUGACAAUGUUCUGUUGUGUGAUAAAUGUGAUUCUGAGUAUCAUAGAUAUUGCUUGGAUCCUCCACUUCUAAGAAUUCCAGAAGGAAACUGGUAUUGCCCUUCCUGUGUUACUGGCCAGUCUCUUCCUUGCAGUACAACCUACGGGUCAGUCUCAAAUCAACACCGGAGAAAAAGAAAUCUUGGAGAACUCUCAUGCAAAUUUUUGGAAGAACUGUCCCGAUUAGCGAAACUGAUGGAGAUGAAAGAACAUUGGGAAUUCACAGUUGAGGAGAGAAUAUUCUUCUUAAAGUUCUUGUUCGAUGAAGCGCUAAACUCUGCUACUGUCCGGGACCAUAUGGACCACUGUGCUUCUCGAGCUGCUGAUUUGCAAAAUAAAUUGCGUUCUCUCACUUCUGAAUUGAAAAUUGUCAAAGCGAAGGAAGAUAUGUUUGGUUUAAGCGCCGAGAAAACAAAUUCUGGAGUAUUUAACAUACGUGGAGAUCUUAAAUCAGAUGCAUCGUCUUCCCAGCACACUAAUGAAAAUAUCGCAAGAGGAAAUCCAUCUGAAAAGCAGCUUGCAGGGGAGAAAAGUCAACAUGAGAAGAUCUUUGUCAAAGCCCAACCAUCAGGAGGACCUAUCUUGCAAAAUGAGACACCGAUUUUCAUUCAGCAGCAGCAAAGCGACCAAGGGCAUGCCAAUGUUCUGAAUAAUGUACAGGGUUCCCUCUUUACUACCACUCAAGUGCUACCUGGUCAUAAUUUCUCAUGCUCCACCUCCGACCAUGAGACAGAGUUUGUGCCACCUGCAACUGUGAGUUCAAUUCAUGAAUCUGGGGGCCAUCAGCGUCCCAACCAAGCUGAUAUGCUUUCAUCACAAGGCAACAGUCUCAAGGUCUGUGCUGUAAGGAAUGAAAUUACUAAUCUGCUGGACUCAAUUGCUAACAUAGAACUGGAACUAGUCAAGGUAUCUCUUCGGCGGGAUUUCUUGGGGAGAGAUUGUAAUGGCAGAGUAUACUGGGCCUUUUACUAUCCUGGUGCUCGGCCAUGGAUAAUAGCUUGUGGGGAUGCAGCAUCCAAGGAGAGGUGUCCCGGAGAUUUUGUCAGUAUUCCUGAUUCUGACAAGUGGAUGUAUUAUGAAUCUGAAACUGAAAUUGAGAAACUAGUUGGAUGGCUGAGCGAGAAUAAUGUCAGGGAGAAAGAAUUAAAGGAGUCCAUUUCACAGUUCCAAGCUAACAAACUGAAAGACUCCGAAUAUACAGAAGAUCACAUCCUUAACAGAAGAGAUAUAAACAAUGGUGGAAGAAAAACUUUAUCUGCCGAUUUUUUGGCUACAAAGGCGACAAAUGCAUUGGAGAAAAAAUAUGGUCCUUGCAAUAGGUUUGAGGCAACAGCUGUUCUUCAGAAUCUUGUUAUGGGAGCAAGUCAGAGUGGUAGAAUGUACAGAUGUGAGUGCCUAGAGCUGUUGUGGCCUUCUAAAGACCAUUGCGGGUCUUGUCAUCAGAGCUUUUCUACCUCUGAGGAACUAAGACAACAUGCCAAAGAAAACUGCAAAGCAGCAUCAUCUGGCUCUAAGCGAAGCCAGACAGCUGAAGAUAUCACUAAGCGCAAGAAGGCAAGAAAUGUGGCUUCUCAGGAAAAACGCUCCACUAGUAUCAGCAUACCUCAAAGAUCAACAAGUGAGAAACAAAUUGAUGGAUGUACUUCUGUUGAAGGCUAUCAUGCUGAUUGCCCCUUUAAUUUUGAGGAGAUUAUGACAAGGUUCAUUGUUCCUAGCUCAGUUAAGGAUGGGGUGAAUGACAUAGGACUUAUUGGCAGCGGUGGCGUCCCUGCCCUUUUGGCAGGCCAGCCCCCUUAUCUAAGCGAUACUGCUUUAGCAUUGAGCCUUGAAAGAACAAAUGAGGCCAGUUCAAGGCCAACUGAUUUGAGAAGUAGACAGCAGAAUACUGAACCCAGUGAUGUGAUGAACAACAGGGGCUUGAAAGACUUGCAUAGGUCAUCCAGAUCUGUUGAAAAUGGCCUAUCUGAUGAACUAUCUAUUGUUGGGAGAUUGAAAUCCAUAUUGAUGAGUGAGAAGGAUCAAGUUACUUCAGUAAAGGACAAAAGUUCAUUAGUAGCUGGGUUGUCGAAAAGCACUAUAAUUCGUGAAUCUUCAUCAAGACCAUUAGUAGGUAGAGCUUCUGAAAUAUUGAGGUAUCUUAAGAUUAAUCUACUUGAUAUGGAUGCUGCUCUACCAGAAGAUGCUUUUAGAAAAUCAAGGUCAAGUCAAGAUCGAAGAUGUGCAUGGCGUGCAUUUGUUAAAUCUGCAAAGUCAAUCUAUGAGAUGGUUCAGGCUACAAUCAUAUUUGAGGACACAAUUAAAAGUGAGUACUUACGAAAUGAUUGGUGGUAUUGGUCGUCACCUUCAACUGCAGCUAGAAUCACGACACUCUCAGCUCUUGCUUUGCGUAUAUACUCACUAGAUGCAGCCAUCUCUUAUGGGGAACCUCUGCCUGGUACUGCAAUGGAGGUUUCGGAGCCAAGUUGUGCAAUAGACGAGGAAGUGCAUCGAAGUCCAACUCCAAAGAAUCCUGCAAAUCCUAGUAGCCCAACACUGCAGAAGACACCCGAGCCAGAUUCUUCUGAGAAUCCAAGAACUAGGAGUAGAACUAGCAAGCGGAGGAGAGAUCUGAAUAGCUGAGACAGGACAAGACAAGUUUGUAUUUAUCUGCCAGUGAUGUGGCAAUAAACUCCAACUGCUCUUAUUAACAAUUUUUUUGGGCAGUGCCUCAGACAAGUUUGCCGCAUUAUAAUUGUGGGGAGCGGCUCCUCGAUGCCUUUUGGUGGAGAAGAUGGAGGCAGGUAUAUUUUGCCCCAUUGUGUAUCAUUUUUCUGGAGUAUGUGUACAUCAAUGGAGUUGCAGAGCUGAAAUUGCAACUCAGCUUUCUCCCAAAUAAGUUGGUAUAUGAGGCACAGGAAACAGGUUAAAAUGUAUAUAGACUAUCUUGUAAACUCGAGGAAUUUUCUUUGUAAUUUUCAGCCUCGUUUUUUAUUAUGCAUGUGAAAGAUCAAAGAAAUGUUGUAUAAGUACUACAUAAGAUAAUUGUUUCAAAGAAACGUCAAUUAUAAUUUUUCUCA